AUGUUGGUGACACCAAUCCUGCGACUUCCCACUAGGCGCAGCGUUGCCAUUACCCACGGAAUAGGCAACUCCUUAGCCGCAAUUGGGCUUAGGAAACUCAGCUCGGCUGCCAGUAACCGGAAGAGGGGUUCUAACAGCGAUAGUGACGGCGCCACUGCGCGGCGGGACGGCGGUCUCUUGCUUCUCCAGCUAAAGUGGCGGGCUAAGGAGUUGCUACUCGCUGAGUAUGAUAAAAAGGAAAGUCAGAAGAAGCCUCAGAUUCUUCAGGUGCAUGCAGAUGGUACUUUUGAUGUCGAAUGGCGCAACCAACUUCCGCACAAGGCGUCAUCUGCAGCCCGCCCAACGGAAGAGGAGAGAGUGACACUUCUGUGUCAACUGCUUGCUGUUACGGUAAAGGAGCGCUGUGGUCGGGGUGCACAAGACUGCUUCUUCGCCUCAUUCCCCACGGAUGCCUCUGUCUUGUUACCAGCGAGGGCUGCAGAGGCGGUGGUAGCUCCUUUUGGUCGGCAAGCUAGGUUAUGGGAAGAGCAGCAUGAGUGGCAAGCCAUUGUUUCAUGUGCCGCAAAGGUGUUUGGAUCAUGGGGCAUCAAACACACCAAGGAUAGUAGAGAUGCCCGCAGGAGGGGUAGUUACUCUAAUCUCCAGCUCCGUACUGUGGUACGCAACUUUGUGGACAAGGUUGAGUCGCUCUGUUCGCUGAGGUUGGGUGCAUCGAGGGAAAUGGCGGCGAAAGGGCGUCAGAAACGAACGAAGCGUCCAAAGAUGUCGGAGGGUGGCGAUGUAGCAGAAGAUGGAUUAACUCCUGACACGAUGCUGAACACGUUAUAUCGACUAGCAGUGCUAUUGCGUUUGCUAAGCUGCCUUUUUGAGAGAUGUGAGGGUCAGGUGGGGUCGGUAGCGGACUGCGAGCACUUAAAGGAGGUUGUACACUGUAUUUUAAGUGAAAUAGAGAGCCGUCGUUUUAUCGUAGUGGGUUUGGACGGCUCCUCGGAAGCGAUGGAAGGAUUGGCCGCGCUUGUCCUCGCAGCAUUCGGCCGUAACUGUGGUGGUAUUCGUGCUGGAGGUAGUCGUGUUGGUAGUGAAGUACACUGGCGCGCAUAUAAGGGUGAGUUCUCAGAAGCCCUGCUGUUACUCUGCUCAGCAUAUCUGAGGAUUGUUCCCGCCCGUGCUGUAGGAUUUGAACUGGAGUCUUCAGGAACGGGGAGUGAACCAACCAGUAUUUCAAACUCUGAGACCAUUUCUGUUGUUCGGGCGCUCCACCAAUGUUGGGAUCGCUGGAAGGCUACAAUCCACGUGCACGGUUCAGCUGCCGCGUUCUGGUGGUUGAGACUGGUUCCGCUCAUCCUCGAGGCGCUGUUAGACGCAACUGAAAAGAUGAGUAACAGUAGAGGCCACAAAGGUGACGCUGACAGUAGAGAAUCCCAGGUUAAGUUGUUGCAGUCGGAGUUGUUGGCGACGUUGUGUGGGAUGCUUUACUUUGAUGAAGAAAGAUACAAUGAGCGGAUGACAAUACUCUCAGCACGGCAGGCAGCAGAAGAAGCUAAGGUAGGACAAGUUGGUAACGGCGGCGACGGAGACAACCCCACCAACGCCACUCCCUCGGAGACCGAAGCUGACGAUGCCCACGGCCUCACGCGGCCGCGUGCUGGCCGCUCUAUGCUGAGGAAGGGCCAGGAGGGGGGUGUUUUGCUUCCAAGCUCUAGUGAGGCACUGCGGAAGUCGUCGCGAUUUUUGUCUAGAAGGACCGUAGGCGACAGUGGCGGUGGUGUUGGCGCUAAUACAAAUGCCGGCACCGCGUUGAUGGAUGUGGGGGUCAACAGUCCUUUGUUUGACCUGCUAGCCACAUCAGACGACGCUGUUUCAGAGCUGUCUUCUUUGUUCGCUAUCGAAAAAAUGGGCCGCAGUUGUACACUGGAGAAUCUGUGGUUGAUUUUAUUGGCUGCGCAUCGUCACUUGCGACCUUACAGAACUUCCUCAGCAGUGUGUACCCACGAGGGUGAUGGUGAACUUGGGAAGGAGGCAAAUAAUUUCUUUUCUGGUGACGAAGUUGUUGUGGAAGCGAAUGCGUCCAAUGGGAAAUCCCCCAUGACUCUUGCUGUCCCAGCCUUUGUGUUGGCUAGUAUACAGCAUCUUGCAACCACCCUCGCAUGUGCUGUCGUGAAUUUAUACGAUUUAUCCGACCCCUCGUUCCUUCGAGAUGAUAAUAUUCGACGCGCAGUUAGCAUCGCUAUCGUAGCCGGGACACAAGAAUUACUUUUAAGGAGCCGUUUUUAUUCCGAUGCGCUCCUAAGUAAUUGGUGGCUUCGAAGUGGGGUGUCAUCUGCGUUUGGGGAAGGACAAAAAUCAUUUGCUUCACUGGAAAACCAUAUGAUGGCUCUAGUUGCACAGCGCACUCGUUACCGUGGACGGCUGGGGUGGGUAAAAGAGUCCACUAGGGUUGCGCUGCAUUGUCUCUCUUCCAUGCCACUCUCUCCGCUGGCGAAGCAGUGGGCCGCUUCUCUCGUUGUGUGCAACUUGCGUGAUGUCACCUUUUUAUUACGCAACCAACGCGUUGGCAUCUCAUCAUCCACCGCAUUUGCUCUUGCCAAGGGCACGCUGACUGACAGUGCCGCUGCCGCGGACGUUGAUGGUUCGGAGCGCCUCUCGUUGGAUGGAUGGGCACGCGAAACAUUCACUACUCUUCUUGCCACACUGACAGCUGAUGUGGAGCUGGUGCUGUUGUGCGGGUAUGCGGGCUUUAUAGACACGUUGUUCGAGAUGCAUAUGCGAAUUGGCACAAAUCAGGAGGAGAUGAUGCGUUUUGGAGAUGAUGUGCUUCUGAACGUGAAUCUUGCGGCUGUCCUCGCGAGCCUGUCGAAGAGUGCCACCGAUUCUGAUGCCGAAACGCACGCAGCCACCUGUGAAUCUGCGCUUUUUGUACUUGCUGAGUUUUCGCGUUUUGCUUCGUGGCCCAACUUAGAUAAUUCAUCGGUGCUCCGAACGGACGGAAACAGCCUGCUUAUUCGCGUCGCAGUGUACUGUCUGCGGCAUGCGCGCCGUGCUGGGGGCAAGCGACCCAGCGGUUACGGGCUGCCUGCACCACACCUUCCAGAAGCAGGUGAAAUGGUUGAGAAGGUGCUUUCAACGUGUGGGCCAACGUUGUCUUUUCUUCUAGCGCGAGGUAACCGUUGCUCAUACCUUCAAGUUCUUGACUUGAGCAACCGGUUGCUACCCUUUUCCCGUGUGCAACCGCUAUACGGUGGGCGAGAGAGCAGCUGCGUUGCUGCACUUCAACACUAUCUGCGGGGUUCGCACCAUGCGUUGCUGUCGAUGCCAUCAUCAUCAACUCCUACUGGGCCUACAGUGGCUGCUAACAUUAGUGGGAGUGGGGCUGCCAGCCAAAAGCAGUUGUUAGAGGAAUCGUUGAAGCGGCUUAACUUUAUGGCAAAUACCACCAUCAGCACUCAUGUCCUUGGAUAUUUGGUUCGCUUCGUUGAGCACUACCUGCGCGAGCAAGAACGUUGUUCUCGUAGCACAAUGGAAGAUCUGCCCACUACUACCACUGGUUGCCACUCACCUUCUUUACACGGGGAUGAGAAUGUUGCGGCUGACAGAAGCAAGGAACAGAGGGAAAGUGCCAUGGUAACACUAGCACGUGUGGAGGCAGCUCCGCUUGUGUUGCUGGACUACAUGGGUUACCUCAGCUGUGCGGGUAGUUGGGCCAUGGUCAACUGGACUUUCAACCUCGCCGAGACAUCGCUAAAAAUCCAAAGAAAACACCAAAUAGCCACGACGACCUCGGUAGUGGACGUGGCCGUCGGGGCGAUUCUCUCCCAACUGCGUGCUGUUGUUAUGCCAGCGACCCCACAGAUUCCUAGCAAUAUGCCGAAAAGUUUGAUUUGCCUGUGCGACAUGAUAUCCGAGUCACCUGUGACACUGCUAGGUUUCGAUCGUGGGUCGCCACUGCAAGGAAUUCUGAAACAAACAUCUCGUGGGGAUUACCGUGCAAUGCUGUUUGCAAUGAAGCAAGCUGUGUUAUUGGUCCAGCGGGCCUCGGCAAAAUACCGCACCUCCGCACCGCAUUCACCCAACGAUGCGUCGGGAGGGGAGAAGAACGAUGAAGCAAGCGUUGGAGGCGAUGACCGUAGUGGGGCGGAGGUGAAGGCGUACUUUUCUAUGCCCGUUGGUGAAUGUUCACCCGACGACCAGAGGCAACUUCGUCUUUUUCUUGAAUGCUUGCUUAUGUGCUUUGAUGAUGUACUCGACGCCAUACGUUGGUGUGCUUUGCAACAAGACGUUCUCGACGACGAGUUGCGUGACGUGCUUCUUCUAGAGCUGCAAACAUUGAUUCGCAUCCUUCGGGGAUGCUUAAGGACUGUUUUGCUUCUUUCUCCCGAGCAAAAGCGGCGCUUUCAUGGUGAGUCUGCACAACUAUUGUGGGUUAGCUUGUGUGUUGCUUCCGCUAUUGGCAAGGUUGCGUCAGUAGAUUACGGACGAAUAUGCUUUUCUGGGACUGUUAUGCACUCUGUUGCAGCCCUUUUGGAUGGUGUUGAGCGGUUGGUGAAGGAACAUACUGUUUCCGGUGCGCACAAGAACAAACAGGCAAACAAGAAGGAACCUGCUGAUGUGGACAGAAGAAGUGGUGGGGCACCUCUGAUGGGGGCAAUAGAGUUAAGUCUUAACUUGUUUUUUUCAGAUGCACUGAUGUCACAUCGACUUGCCCUGCGGCUGGGGCUUGGGUUGCGUGAGCGAUCCGACUUUACAGCACUUGCCACAGCACUAAGGACUCUUGCAUCCGCAGCCGCACGAUAUGAACCGGCGGGACGGAUAGUACAGUUUGUCUGGCGGACGCUUUGUGAAGAGCUUGUGAAUACUGUGAAACCAGUUAAGCGGAAAGGAAGGGGCUCAAAGGCCACUAAGGAACCCUCGGCUGGUGUAAAGGUUCCAUCAAAGGACGAACUCAAACUAUUGUUAGAUUCCUUUAACGACCUUCAGAAUGAAGUUGCUGAGAGCGUUGCAUCGCGACAAUCGAAGGGGCGGGCCGCUGAAUACGUGGUGGAGUGGGCGUGUCCUGAUGCACAGGCUGUUCUCGAUAGUGUGGUGGAAGAUCCCAGUGUACUGCGUGGUGACCGUUGGCGGAAGAGGGAAACCAACAGCAGUGACCCAACCUCUCUUAGUGACAGUUGUGAAAAGGAGGAAGAAGAGCAGUCUCUAGCGGAUUGGAGUGCGACCAUACCUACCACUGCCGUCCCAGGUGCUGUGGCCGCGUUCAUGGAAAUGGACGCGGCCCUUUUACUGGAGGACGGUGGUAACGUAACUAAUGAAGAGGCACUGGAGGCGUUCUUACGCCAGUGUAGUCGUUUGCAUCUCUCAUCGACGGUGGUGGCAUCAAAUGAUUCAAACGUUGCGAUUCCACAGACGAACAAAGUCAUCCUAAUACACUUUGGUUGCGUGAUGGCUAUUGUGGAGCGCUGCACAUUGGCGGAGAUCGCGUCCUUUCCGCGGGGAGAGUUAGUUUUUGGUAGCCUUCAUCUCUUUUACCGCCCACAAACACCUGUACCACUGGAAAAACUUCAUAUGCUGUGGUUGAAACUUGGCGAACGGUGGAAUGAGGAGUUCAUUAUUCCUGACUGUAAGAUAUUUGAAAGGCAGCAGCAAGAGUUUUUACAGCUCGUGCGACAGCGUCGCGCUUUGUUUCAGCCUUCUGAACGAGGGAUGGAGGAUACCGCGGGCUCGCACCCAAAUGACCACGAGAAGGAGGGACUUCUCUUGCGAGAUAGUGUGAUAGCGCGGCUCGCACGGCAAAAUGUUCCGCCUCUUCCGUACGAUGUUGAAAUGUUGCCUCAUGAUGGAUUUAGCGCCCUCGACGGGGGCUUCACGGCGCUGUCUGGAUCGAGUCAGCAAUUUAAGGAUCGGUUACCCUUUCGCAUCCCGCUAGACGCACUCCUCACACUUCUACAUGACUUUUCCCGUGCACCCCGUGGAGAAACGCCGCUGGAAGAGUUUGCGAAAGGUGUCAUCACUUACGUUGCACGUCAGCACGUUCUGUUGAGGGAGCGCUGUGAUGGCCACGCAGUGAAUGUCCUGCAGUUUAUGCCUCAAGGGCAACAAUUUUCAUCACGUGUGUACCAGCGGAGGCGACUACCACUUGUGUGCGCUCACGCACCUUCAGUCACUGGCUGGUUCUUUGAUGAGGCAGAAGGGGAGGCUAUAAAAAGGUUGUUUGCGCAAGCUGCUGCUUCCGGCGGCUGCACAAGGGCCGACAAGACGGGUGCAGGGGGUGAAGACGCUGUGGGUAAUCUUGUCCGCUCAGCGGAGCAUGGAAUGUUUGAAUACUUGCGCGCUUUAUGUCUUUACUUACAUUUGUUGGCCCUCACAGCAAAUGUGUGCCACCACUUCCGCAUACUGGGAAGUAGCGGUGAGAUGAGCGAUGUCCACUCCGGAGUGGUGGUUGGAAGAAGUCACAACCGCUACGGUUUCGAGGAAGAAAACAAAGACAGUAUGGGCUGGCGUACGACCCGUGGAAAGGGUACGGGAAAUGAGCAGCAAGACGCGAAUGUGCGCCUAUCCGAGCGGCGAGUAAACGCUGAUGCCCGUCAGGCAGAUCCUGAGGGUGUCAAUGCAAAUCUUCUUGAAAACAUUUUACUGCACUUUAUGAACGUGUCAUUGGCUGUCAUAGGUCAUGCGGACUCUGUAACCCACCGAGCUGCGAGUAUCGCCGUAGCCCCCGGUUGUGAUGAGGAGCGCGCUCGUCGCGCAUUAUUCUAUGCAGAUGAGUUGCGGUUGAUGGUUGCUGUAGCCGUGCAGGACUCCCUUCGUGUGUUGCUGCGGGAAGCCCCGGUUAGUUUUUCCCUCGCACGGCGUGUUACCCACCGUAUCAUUUCAAGCUUCUCCUGUGAAGAGAUUCCGUUGACUCCACUUGAUGGUGACACAACAGGCGAGGGUUCCACCGCCGUUACAGGUGGAGCCUCAAAGGACCACAACAAUAGUGGUUUUGGAAGGCAUAUUGGGGAUGAAAAACAAGUGGGUGGUGCGCUAUCCGAACUCCCCCAAAUCGAUAGGGCAGAACUAACGAAGCUGCGCCUGAAGCGACCGGAGCUUCUGCUGCGGUCGCCUACGCUGCUUUGUAUAUUGUCGCCUUCUUUUUUCAAUGAGGUUCUCUCGCAACACGUACGCAACGCUAUCAGCCUCACCGUGACGCAGGUGGUAGCUUCGUUGCGCUUCUACCUGCGCGGACCUGAUGCACGUCUCGGGCCGUUGAUGUCGGCAACUGCAAGCAUACUUGCGAGUACCUACGUGCGAAACGCGGCAUUGCGUCUUUUCUGCGAAGAGCUUUGUGGCCAGAUCGUCGACCGUGACGAUUUCCGUGAUGCACUCGCUCCGCAGACUGUGGCUUCUGGACAACAGGGCGUUGUUGCGCCCGUUCCAAACGAGGUGCUCAUCCCCUUUCUUGCCGCCAUAGCGCGUGAGGAUGCGUGUGUGACAAAAAAUGCGUUGGCGCUGGUGCUCCACCGAGCCAUGAGCCUGCGCCCCGAUGUCUUUGGCCAGCCGCCCACGGAGGACCGCUUCUCACGGCUCGCCAUUGCCAGGCGAGGAAGUGGGAUUGCGACCCCAUCGAAGGUAGCGGGAGUUGGGUCCGAUGGGAUGGCGAGGGAUCGACUGAGUCUUGGAGUUUCUACGGCAGACGUUGUGUUGGAGAGGCCAGCUGGGGCAGGAACUUCUCCAACGAGAGCCGAAUGUGGAGAGGACAUCGCAGAGAUCGAUCUUCCCACGCCAGGCACCGAUGACGAGGAGUGGGAUGAAGUGACUGCGCUGAAUCGCUUCAAAGUUAAUCAGGCUGAGCAGGAAAUUACACGAACGCACAAACGCGCCCUUGCGUCACUCAACCUUACGCUUGCCGAGGUGAUGGAAACAGCAAUGCACUUUUCCACGAUGCGGCGCUUAACAUCGGAAGAACAUAAAAAGGCGACGGCAAUGAUACGAUCAGCGGAUGACGCAAGACACGAACGCGUUGCUGCUUUCCGCAGCGCCACCCCACCCGCUACAACGGGGUCGAUAACUGGGAAAAGUUCCAGUGCAUCUGUCCUCAAGGGUGACGGUGGUGAAGAAAGGAACAUUAAAAGCAGCGACGAUUCCCUUACCAUCGCGGGUCACCCUGAUGCUGCGUUGAACAUCGACGAACCAACAAACUUUGGCGUUGCGAUGCUCCACAUCAGCUUUGCACUUCGUAAAAUCAUCCACGUCUCCAUGCGCCGACUUGCCGCACAACAGGGACCGAAAACUCUUUGCAUGAUGGUGGAGAUGCUUCGGGAAGUGGAUCCUAAAUGGCACCAUGGUCCAAAUGAUGAACAUCGAAGGCAGCUGGAUAGUAUGCUCGUGGGCACGCUACGGGUACUUGUGGCCCGCGCACUUGUCUGCGCAGAUGCUGUGGGAGGAGCGGAUGACUUGAUGGCUGGUGGUGCCAGCGGUGUGGCAAUGAGCCUUGCGGGGUUACAGAGGACAGAACGGGCAUUGUACCUCGUACAGCACCUCAAGAAUGGCAACCGCGGGGGGAGCGCUGGGCCCAACGUGGCAAAGAGUAAAUGCACCAGUAGGGGCGUGAGCAGAGGUGCAAGUAGGGAUUUGAGGAGACAACGCCCGGGGUGCAUGGCGCCUGUGAGGUAG